AUGGAUGUCCUUUGCCAAAAUAUCCAGAAUUUCUCAGCAGAUCUAACGGAAGGUGCAAUGGAUUCGACAUCAUCUCACAAUAAACCUUUUGCUCAUAUGGCAUGUGAACGAUGGCUUCAUGCAAGAUUAGAUAAUUUACGCACUAAAAGUGUUUUCAAUCACAGAACAGAAUAUGAAUAUUUGCCACAAAAGCUGGAAAAAAGCUUUGUGGAUUUUAAUGUCAAGGAAAAAAAUAUUCGUGGCGAAACUCUUAUCAUGUCGGUGAUAAGAUAUGAAUUAGAUAAAGCAAAUCAGGUGCGCUAUAUAAACUUGUUGAUUCGUUCUGGAUGUGAUCCUUCUGAACCAGAUGAAAGGCAGUUGCGUACACCAUUAAUGUUAGCUUGUUUGAUGAGAAACGAUACCGUUGCUCACCAUUUGAUCUUGCAAAAUGUGAAUCUCAUGGCAGUUGAUAAAAUGGGUAAUACAGUAUUAAUGUAUGCGGCGAUGUAUUCUCAGUCAUCGCUGUUAAACUUUCUGGUAGAAGAAUUGACUAGGAGAUGGUGUAUCGAAGCAUUUCGUACCAAAAAUCUGAUGGGUUAUACUGCAGAGAGUUUAGCUCGAAAAAAUGAACGAUAUAUGUUUUCCAUGAUGCUAAAGAAGGGACGUUUGCGCUUGGUGAAACGGCUGCGCGAUCAAGUUUCCUCAAAUUUGAUGUUUGCACCACCGUUUAAUAAUUGGAACACAUACAGUAGCAUUUAUAAGGCUAAGCAGAAGUUUUUGUUGUACGCACAGCGCUGUGUGCAAACUUUUCAACACUGUACUUCAUCAGCGGCAGAAAGUUCAAAAUCAUCAUUACCACUAUUGCAUAGUAUUAACAGCAGGUUUUUCUUGAAAAACUGCCAGCCUAAGACCAACCCUAAGCCACAUAGUACAAUGGAAGUAAAUAUCAAUUUACCACCCCUAUCACAAUCGCUUGUGAAUGCGUCAACAGUAUUAUCAGGUAAGCAAGGAACAGUGUAUUAG